CGAUUUCAUUGAGAGCUUCAAGAAGCUCUUAGCUUUUCCUAGAAUGUGGCACACCGCGGUGGCUGCUGCCAUCAAGAAGGACCCAAUCUGGAUGCACAGUCAUGUCCUUCCUUCCCGAGGGCCAGCAUUCUGGAGGAAACUAGGAAACCCCACUGCUGACAAAGAGAGGGCGGUUGUCUUGAUGUGGAAGCCCUUGAAGCCCAAGGAAGCCAACGGUGAGAUUUUGGGGUACAGCCUCCUCUCUCAGAGGAAAGGGGAGCUCACGGCGCCCGAAUGCAUCACUCACCACCUGCGGUGUCGGCUGCUCCUCCCGGCCGGCGAAGAAUUCACCUUUUUUCUCACCGCCAAAAACACCGUGGGCAUCUCACCUCCAACCCAGCUGGUGAUUCCAGCCUUCCGUAACCCAGAAGUCCCGCCUUCCCCUCUGUCCAUCCUCGUGUCUUCAGCAGGGGACCACUCCCUCCUCUUACAGUGGUCUCUUCCCAGCACCCCAAGGAUGGACUUUGUUCUGGAAUGGAACAAGCUGCCCGAGGAGGAAGAGGGAGACCCACACUGGCAGUAUGAAAACGUCAACCACGCUGUCAUUACUGCUCCACUUCGGGCCCCGGCUUUGUAUCCCACUCAGGUCUGGAAAUCUUGGGUGGAGCUGCAGUGGGAGAGGCUCCCCUUGGAAGAACAAGGUGGCGAGAUCCAGAACUACACCCUUUACUACAAGGAAGAGAAGAAGGAGGCCUAUCGGGCCGUGGUGCUGGACGGCUCAGUGCAUCACUACGUCAUCCACGGCUUGGCCCCCGGCUCAACUGUGAGGGUGUACAUGGUGACGGCCAAUGAAGGCGGGAGCACCAGAGGAUCCUUGCUGUCCAUCCGCACUAAGAACUACGACUAUGGGGAAGUUGAAAUCCUGGUCUCAGUUUUUUGCGUAGGGUUUGUCAUUCUCCUUGCAGGAACUUUGGUCUGCGUUUCCAGACAUCGAUCACUUCGGAAGUAUCUAUGGCCACAGAUUCCAGAUCCAAGAAAAAGCAAUUUGGCUACUUGGAUACCACAGAACAUGUGCCUGGACUUCACAUCUCACGGCCCUGAGAAAUGGAGCCAGGCUUACCUCGGAAUGACCAUCAGUGACCUCCUCCAGGUUUUCCCUUCUCAACCUGAAGGUGCCGGUCCAGAACUCUUCCACGGAAAGCCGCCGUGGCCGGUGGAGUCUCCCGUGGCCUUGCAGAAGGUUGUCUCCACGACCAAAAACGGGACAGCAGCAUCACCGGAACCCGAAGACCAGCAGCUCCAGAAAUCUCUGGCCACUUGGAGUGAGGUGGAAUACUCCCGGGUGUUGGUUAUCAAAAGCGACCAGGGACCAGGCGGAACCUGGAGCGCUCCUCCUUCCUUCUGGUCCAGUGGCUGGGAUCUGGUCAAAACACGCCCGGAAUCGCCAUUUCACCCACAGUUCUGGGUCCAGAAUUUGACCUACGAGACUUUCUUAGACGCCAAGUCCUAUAAGAGGGCGUCCCUUGAACCCGUGGGGGAGUUUCCACUCUUGGUUAGUCUGGUGACCGUAGAUGAAGAGCUACACUCUGUGGAAAAAUCACACCCCUAA